AUGCCACCAAGUUCAACUGCUAUACCGAUUAUUACCGUUUAUUUCAUAUGUGUUAUGAUCAUGUCAGCAGUUUCAGUUGUUGCAUCAGUGUUAGUAUUAUCACUUCAUUUUCGAAACUCGAGUAAUUAUACAAUGCCAUUAUGGAUUCGUAAGUAUAUUUGUAACUAUUUGGCUUGGCUAUUACUCAUGAAGCGUCCUAGACACGAUUUGAGUUGGCGCGGAAUUCGUCGUCGAUGGGCUUCUCCAAAACAAGAAUCGAAUAAUAUAAAUGGAUUGAUCGAUAAUCAUCAUUCUACGAUUCCUUCUGAACCAUUGUUGAAUAAUACAUUCGAAUUGUCAUCAACCAAUGUUAUAAAUGUCGAUAAGGAACCUUUGGAAUUCUUAGACAAUAGAAAAAAACAAAGCUCAAAUUCGCUAUUAGAAUUCGCUGUACCUCCAGCAACGGAAAUUCAUGGUUCUCGUCAUCAUCAGAAUACAUCGAACGAAUUGUGCACUUUUGAUAGGGGAAUGACUCGUUCUGAGCUACGUGUUAUUACUUCUCAACUUGCUAUUCUUGUUAAUUAUUCUCGACAAAAAGAGAAAGAUGAUGAUGAAUCUCAAGACUGGCAAUUUGUGGCAAUGGUCAUCGAUCGUCUCUGUCUGAUUGUUUUUGCUAUAACCAUGCUUCUUUUUACUACAUUUAUUUUUCUCAACGUUUAA